UGCUGCGCUCGGCCACCAUGACGCAGUUCUCACCCACUUUCCCGCCGUUAGGAGCCGUGCGCUUGGUAUCUAUAAAGUGGGCGUGUCAUCGCCAUGGAAACGUGGCGUGUGGAGAGCUGCGGGAAACGGUUCAACUGUAAUCCGCCAGUGUGAUGUGCGUCCAGGAGAUAAGCUGGAUUGACGAACCAUGUCGAGCAGACAGCUCCACCUAUCAAUCGUGAAUCCGCCUCCGCCAGAUUACAUUAACCGCAAGAAGACCGGCCGCCUCACCAACCAGCUGCAGUACCUGGAGAAGGCGGUGCUGAAGGCGAUAUGGAAGCAUCACUUCUCCUGGCCCUUCCAGCAGCCGGUGGACGCGGCCAAGCUGAACCUCCCUGAUUAUUACCAAAUUAUAAAGAAUCCAAUGGACUUGAGUACAAUCCGGAAGAGACUGGAGUAUAACUACUACCCAAGGGCCCUGGACUGCAUGCAGGACUUCAACACCAUGUUCACCAAUUGUUAUGUUUAUAAUAAGCCCGGGGAUGAUAUUGUCUUAAUGGCUCAAGAACUGGAAAAGGUGUUUAUGGAGAAAAUCGCUGAGAUGCCCCAGGAAGAGAUUGAAUUGUCUGUGGUCGGAAACAGAAGUGUGAAGAACAAGUUGCGAACGUCAUCGGAAGGAGAGUCUAAAGAGGAUACGGAGCCGACUCCUGCUCCGAAGAAAAAGAUGACUUCUCAAAAAAUGCUCAGACAUCCAUUUCCUCGUCCGGUUAUCGCCAUGAUGCCUCAGAGGACGACUCUCGUGCCUUUAUCCAUCGUUCGGCCUGCAAAGACGGCUCCCAGCAGCCCUGUAUCCAAGGUGAAGAAGGGUAUAAAGCGGAAGGCAGACACUACGACUCCUGCCGUGCCCCUCAUGUCCACCUCCUGUGAAUCCUCUCCUGUACCCGCACCGAGACCAACCCAGAUCCCAUCGAAUUCUGAGAAACCACAGGCUGACACCUCUGUCCGAGAUCUUCCCGACUCUCAGCAUCAAGUGCAAAUAUCUAUUAACAAUCCGCAGUCUGAGCAGCUGAAGCACUGUCACAAUAUACUCAAUGAGAUGAUGUCUAAAAAGCAUGCGGGCUACGCCUGGCCCUUCUACAAGCCCCUGGACUCCGGUUGCCUCAGCUUACCUGGCCUUAGUGACAUCAUGAACUGCCCCAUGGAUCUGGGAACCAUCAGAGAUAAAAUGGAGAGCAGGCAGUACAAAGACACCCGGGAAUUUGCCUCCGAUGUGCGGUUGAUGUUCAUGAAUUGUUAUAAACACAGUUCACCCGACAGCGAGGUGGUGAACAUGGCGCGAAAGUUGCAGGACGUUUUUGAGAUCAUGUUUGCUAAAAUCCCUGAUGAACCGGUGGAUUCCCCUUUAUACACCCAGAACGUGGUCAGCACAUACAAGUCCACGUCCAGCGAGAGCAGCAGCUCCAGCUCCUCGGAGAGCUCCUCUGCUGAAUCGGAGGACGAGAGAGCGCGGCAGCUCGCCUUGUUACAAGAGCAGCUGCGCGUCGUACACGAACAACUCAAAGCCCUGGCAGAAGGCCCGACCCCCAAACCCAAGAAGAAGAAAUCGAAGAAGGAAAAGAAAAAGAAGAAAAUAAAGGAGAAGAAAAAGAAGCUGAAAAAGAAAGCUAGCCUAAACCAGAAGAAGAAGAUGAAGCAGAAGGGGCUGAAGAAGAAACUAAAGAAGAAAUCUGAAAUGGGAGAUUGCAAGAAAAAGAAAAAAAAGCAGCCGGUAUCGGACGACGAAGAUCGGGUGAAGCCCAUGACGUACGAUGAGAAGCGACAAUUGAGCCUUGACAUCAACAAGCUGCCGGGCGAGAAGCUCGGACGCAUCGUCCACAUCAUUCAGUCCAGAGAGCCGUCCCUAAGGGACUCCAAUCCCCACGAGAUCGAAAUAGACUUCGAGACCCUGAAGCCGUCAACCCUGAGGCACCUGGAACGAUACGUCAUGACCAGUCUGCGAAAGAGACCCAAAAAAUCAAACGCCGAAAAAGCCACAAAAUCAAAAGAUCAGCUUAAUAAAGAGAAGAAGCUGGAGCUGGAGAAGAGACUUCAAGAUGUCAGCGGGCAACUGAACUCCGCCAAAAAACAGAGAAUAGAUGAGGCGACGUCAGCCCCCCAGCCGGUUGGGGGUCCGAAGCGUUUGAGUGAAAGCAGCAGCAGCAGCGGCUCAUCCUCCACCUCGGAGAGCAGCAGCGACUCCAGCUCCUCGGACAGCAGUGACUCGGACUCAGAACCCCAGUUUCCCAGUAACAAUGUUCCACCUGCAAAACAGGAGCAGAUUCCUCCCCCUACUGUGUCCAGGAAUUUGGUCGUCCAUCGUUCUCUUUCCAUAGACGGUCCACAGUCUGCACAAGUCCCCUCGGUCAGCCAUCCGUGCAAACCCACAGUGAAGAUGACAGAUAGCGACCAAGACACCAUCCCCUUCUCACCACUAGCUAUAAGUAAGGUGCUGUCCCCAAUCCUGUCCCCUGUGUGUGAGCCCAUUGCUCCCACUAAGAAAGAAUCCCCACAAUCCUGCUCAAUGAAGACCGAGAAUACCGAGCCAGAGGCGUCAUUUAUUUCUAAGAAAGAAGAAUUUCUUGAGAUUAAAGACACAGCUGCGAACCCUGAAGGAUCCGGCGAAUGUAAAAAUGACCCUGUAGAUAUUCUUCCGAAAGCCGAAUAUCCAGGAGAUUUGCAUAAAACUGAAAUGGAGAAAAGUCCUACAGAAAUGUGUACGAGAUCCGACCGAGGCGACGGCGUUGAGGUGACCCCAGCGGAAAAGACUAUAAAAGUCCAAAACUCCUGCUGGGCGACAUUUUCUAAAGCUCUGAAUACGAUUCCUGUGACCAUCAAGUCCUCCAGCGACAGCUUCCAGCAGUUCAGGAAAGCUGCCAUAGCCAAAGAGGAGCGAGAGAGGGCGCUAAAGAGACAGCAAGAAGUGCCGGCCGACAGAGGAGACAAGAGGAGAGAAGCAAAAGAAACGGAAACAAGUAACUGUGCGUCCUCCGAGGCGGAAAGUCCUGAAGUGCCUCCCGUAAAUUCACAAGAGCCAAUCACAGGUCUCCAGACCCUGGAGGUCACCGCCCCCGAGGGCUGCACUGAGGAGGAACGUGAGCUGGCGAGGAAGAAGGAGCAGGAGAGGCGCCGCAGGGAGAGUAUGGCCGGAACCAUCGACAUGUAUCUGCAGAGCGACAUCAUGGCGGAUUUUGAAGAAUAUCUCUGCUGAACCCCUGGAUACAUUCGCCUUCUAUUGUCAAUGUCUAUAUAUAUGUAUAUAUAAUUGUGGUCACUUUUUUUGUAAGGGCGCCAUUACGUUUUUUUUUUGUAAGGCGCUUAAUGAAAUCGAAUAAAUCUAUUCUAGCUCCUUUGUAUAAGACGAAGGGCCCCGUCCUGUCUUUCUUGAAUGCGACAACGUCUAUUGCAAAUAAGCAGCUGUAUGUAAACAGACGACUAAAUCUGUAAUAGGUGUCCCCCCCCCAAAACGGUGAUUCUUCACGUGUUCCAAAACUACCACUCCCAUCAUGCCCUGACAGCCGAAGGCUGUCAGGGCAUGAUGGGAGUGUUAGUUUUGGACCACCUAUAGAGUCGUAGGUUGCGGUGACACCGCUGUAUAUAUAUCACAUUAUUUAAAUGAAGACUUUAUAUUUAUUUUGCUUCCACAUUGAAUCUAUAUUUUUGCAUGCUUUUUUGUAUAGUAAAGAAAUUUUUUUUCUUUUGUUAUAAAGAAUUUUUGAUGCCUUUUUUGUACAGCUGUC